UCAUAAUAAUAAUAUCAAUAACAGGAUAACAAAAACAAUCUGUUAAUGUCGAGAUUUUUUUUGAAUUUAUUCAUAUUCCCUAAUACGCCUAAUACUGCGCCCAGUUAGACAGGAACAGAGAUGUUUUACCAUCAAUUAUAAUAUUUUUAAGGUUAAAUUGUACAUGAAUUGAAGAGAAUGUCUAAGACUCGAAUGAUGCCAAUCUUUGGGACUAUUCCGUCCUGCUAUACGUUUAAACGCCUAGAAGAACGAAGAAAUAGGGCAAAGGCACUUAAGUUGGACAAUAACAGAAAACCCGAUAAACCUGAAGACUUUAUAUCGUACGAAGAUAGUGACAGUGAAGAAGACUCUCCAACGACAACACAUGAAAGUUUAAGUACGUCUUACAAUUUUGUGGACUAUGUUAGACACAGAGAAAUGCAGAGUAGAAACGUGAGGACUCUUAGUCAAGAUUAUGGUUCACGACAUAUGUUAACUCAUGAGAUGUUUAAAGAAAGCCCCAUUAAUUUGGGGAACAUGAAUAAAGUGUUUUGUUCACAGUGGUUGAGUGAUAGACAAGUAGCAUUUGGUACUAAGUGUAAUAAGUUAAUGGUAUAUGAUGUAACUACACAUUCCUUAGAUCAAAUACCCUCUCUUGUUAGCAGAAGAGAUUCCUUAGGAAAUGAUCAACAACAGUGUGGAAUACAUUCAAUACAAAUAAAUCCUUCACGUUCAUUGUUAGCUACAGGAGCUCGUAAUACAUGUGAUAUAGCUGUGUACACUCUACCAACACUAGAUCCAGUUUGUGUAGGGGAAAAUGCCCAUCGAGAUUGGGUGUUUGAUUUAUGUUGGUUGGAUGAUGAGUUUCUUGUGUCUGGUUCAAGAGAUUCAAAGGUUGCUCUGUGGAGAAUUACGUCAGAUAUGCUAGAAAACAAACACGAGAUUCCCUCCUACCAUCACGUUUCUGCAGUAGCAGUAAAAGAGUGUCGAAAUGCUCAAAAAGUCAGAGCACUGGCUUUUAAUAAACACUACGAGGAGAUAGCGGCAUUGUCUUUAAACGGUUACAUUCAUGUGUGGAAUGCAGAGACCUUUAGACAGAAAAUAUCUCGAAAGCUACCCUCUUCACAAGAAAAUGUUUGCUUAGCUGUACAAAAUACAGGACUGUAUGCCGUUGGAUGCAGAUCGUAUACGUUGUUAUUGGACUGCAGGACAUUACAGGCUGUUAAAAAGGUAUCAUCAAGAUAUUCUGGUUGUGGUAUAAGGUCAGUAAGUUUUGAGGGGGACGUUUUAACGGUUGGCACCGGGUUGGGGAUGUUAAUGUUUUAUGACUUGAAAGCAGGAAAGUACCUAGAGUCCAGUAUUAAUUCAUCGAGGACCGUUGUUCUUAAAGCUAGCAAAGGAUACGUUUACCCUGACGAAGAGUAUGUGGACAACGUUCAAAACGUUAAAUAUGUACCGACAAUUUACACACACUGUUACGAUUCAAGCGGGACGAGAUUGUUUACUGCGGGGGGACCUUUACCUGCUACACUGACAGGCAAUUAUGCUGGUUUAUGGCAAUAAUUGCACACUAUAGGUAAAGUAAGCUAAUUUCUGUACAGCGAGGUAACUGAUUUAACGCAUAGCAGGAGAUCUAAAGGUGAAUAAUUCCCAUUAUGUCUAGGUGAAAGUCAAUGCAACUAAUAAUUUGUGUUUUGUGCUGUAGAUUUAAAGUACACUUUAGCAUUUUAACGUGGUCUUGAAGUUUUAAUUUGUAUAUACAAUUUUUAUUAUUUUAAAAAUUCAAGUUUUCUAUGUUAAUGAAGUAUUGUAAAUGAUUAUACAUUAAGCAUGUAACUUUAAAUAAAUAC